CAGUCGGGAGGGGGAUUUCCAUCGUGGGGCCUCACACACUUCCCUGAUCCGUGCCGCUACUGCUGUUUUGCUUUCGCUCUGGACUUAGAAACAGAAAAAAACCGCCCAUACACUUUCAUUUUUACAUUUAAAAACUACAAAUAACCAAAGUUUGUCCAGUUUAGCGCGUAAUCGGCGGAGUGGCAGCGGGAUUUAGCCUCUCCGAAGCUAACAGAACACGAUGCCAGUUGAACGGAUGAGGAUGAGGCCAUGGCUGGAAGAGCAGAUCGACUCCUGUCAGAUUCCUGGACUCAAAUGGGUUAAUAAAGAGAAGCGAAUAUUCCAGAUCCCCUGGAUGCAUGCGGCUCGACAUGGCUGGGAUUUGGAAAAAGACGCUCCUCUGUUCAUGAGAUGGGCCAUUCACACAGGUAAAUAUCGCCCCGGAAUGGACCGUCCCGACCCAAAAACGUGGAAAGCAAAUUUCCGCUGUGCCAUGAACAGUUUACCAGACAUUGAGGAGGUGAAGGACAAGAGCAUCAAGAAGGGAACCAAUGCUUUUAGAGUUUACAAAAUGUUAACGUCUUCAGAACGAAACAUGAGAAAAGGAAAGAAGAGAAUCGACAAAGAGAUGAGGGUAAAAGGAAAUAGAGUGUCUAGUUCAGAUCAGUAUCUUCCUGAGGAUGGUCCCAUAGACUACACCAAACCAGACUUGUCCAGAGUCAAACAGGAGUCUCCAGAUGUGACUGACAGCGCUGCAGAUCUGCAGAGCUCAGAGGAGGGGCACAUGGUUUUGUCAGAGCAGUUGCCGUUUGUGUGUCAAACAGUGGAAGUGACAACAGAAGACUCAGAGGAGCAGACUGUUUCCUCGUCUCACUCCUAUCCCCUCCAGAUCUCCCCUGUCUCCUCAUACGGCAGUGACACAGAAAGCGACACAGAGGAGACGAAUAAAUGUGUUGGCGCCCCCUGGAGGCCAAACUACUCCUCUCCAUUUCUCAGGGUCCCCUGCUCUUUGCCGAGUAUGUCCACGUUUGUCAGCGCCAACAAGCCCAACUUCAGAGUGACCAGCACCCGAGACCCCGCCCCCCUCAUCAGCUACAACACCGAUACAUGGACUUCCCCCUUCCAUGCCCGCCCUCUAGCAAUGCCCUCCGCUUCAGGCCACGAAAACAGGGCCAGCGUCAUUAGGAAAACGUCUGAUGUCACUUCCUCCUGACCAAAAACACGAUACACUGCAAAAAUAACAUAUCUGCAUUAGUUUGAUAAUAUCACAUGAAUUCAGAAAAAAAAUCUCUUUGAGUAGUUUUGACUAAGGUUUACUCAGGAUGUCGGUAUAGAUUUUUUGACAUGUGUCAAGGACUUACUGAUAGAGGUAGAGACUGAGAUUUUUCAUUUAAUUAUCUUGGUCAAUUUCUUUGAUACAUAGCACCAAGAUUCCUCUGUGCUUAUGUGUCAGUUUGUUCUUUCUUUAAAGAUACACUGCGUAACAUUUCUGGUGGAGAGUCUGCCAACAGCCUCAUCUCCAUGCAGUUGCUUUACCAAUAAUAUUCCACAUUUAUUCAAUAAUGGGUGUUUCAUUUCUCAAAUAUAAAUCAAUAGCCAUAGCAGUGAAGGUUGUGCCAUACUGUGGAACAUACAAGGAAGGUGGUGGACCUUUAACGAUAAUAGCUCUACUUUGAAAAUAAGAAUAAAUAUCUAGGCCUACUGACUUAAUUGAUCUGUCAGUUAAAACCGCUCAAAACAAGAUUUAUAUUCUGAAAUCAAGUUAUUUAAAUGCAUGUGUCAUUUUUGCAGUGUACAAACAACACUGCUGCUACUGCUGCUGCAUAGGAAUCAAACUAAUAUGAGGAAACAAGCAAAUUAUACUUUAUUUUAAUCAUUGACUGUGAUGACCAUAGACGACUCUCAUCUAUGGAUCUGGUGAUUUGAGAUAACUUGUCUCUUGUUCUUUACGUGCUUGUAGCUGGAGAAAUGUGGCUGAUAUUGUAGCCGCCAUAUUGGUAAGGUCAAAGUAUCGGUCAGCACUCAGGAAUUUAAAACAGUACUUGUAUGAUGUAGGAUGAAGUUUUGUGCUGUGCUUACAUCAAAAAGGCAUGCUCAUAAAUUAGAAGCAAAUAAUCUUUGUAUUAUUUAAUUAGUGCAAAUUUAUAAUUGUGGUUUGAAUAUACAAAUAGUGAUAUAUUUGAAAAAUGUAAUGAUGUAUUUGAAUUGUUAAAAAUAUACAUGAAACUUAACUUCAUAUUUGAAUAGUCACACUUAAAAUGUCCUGUGUCUCCAUGAGGUACAUAACCUGCUAAUCAUGUAGUUAAUGCUGCAUUCAUAUUGUCCUUGGGAACUUGGGAAAAUGUUUUUCCAAGUUGAAAAAUGCACAUGAACAUAGCACAAGUUGGAAAAAACAGCUCAAUCUCAGCAGCUGACCUCACCUACUGUGUGAGGAUGGACCAAAAUUGGAUGAGUUUUCAAUUUAUCUUAUACAUUUGAGUUCUUUGACCACAUUAUUAUGUUAAGGGGUUAACUGUCACUUGUUAAUAUCAUAAGAGCAACAGAUUUGUGCAAGAAAGUCCUGGCACUACUGUUUAAAUGAUGGCAGAUGUAACAUAAAAUAAAAACAUUAACAUUAAGCUUUUGAGAAGGCUUAUAACAACAAAUCGCACCGAUUAGUUCUAUUAAAUGCUGUUGAAUGCUCACUGAUUUAAAAAAUCAUUGGAAAAUCCUGAGUUCCCGAGGACCACAUGAACGCAGCAUUAGACCUCUACAUAUUUUUAAAUGCAUAUGAUUCUUGUAAUGACUUGAUCCAGACUUGUUUAAAAUGUGCACUGUGGUCUGAAAACCUACUUGAAAAAUCAAUCACUAAUCCAAUAGGUGUUAGCCUUAGUUUAAACAUAAAACUACAAAUGUUCUGUGUAGUUUUGAGUUGACCUUCCCAAUAUGGCCACUUAAACAUCAUUUUUACUAGUCUGUCCACAAUGAGCUGCUUUUUUUUCUAUUCUGGUGCAUGGAAACUCCUACAGUCUUUAACACACUGACAAUGGCAUAUACAUUUUGGACAAAACUUCAAUCUUGCAAUAUUUUUAUGCAUUUUUUAGCAAGCAAUAUAACACAGGACUCCCCAAGGAAUAUUAGAAUGUAAUUAAUUUAAUUUAACAAGACAUUUGAGGAAAUAUUUUUCAAAUGAGCAAAAUAACAUAACAUAAUAGUAUUAAAAACAUUUUUUCUUGAAUGGAACAAAACAAAACAAACAAAAAUUUUAAAGUAAAAUUUUAACCAAAAAAAAUCCUUGGGUGUUACCUGCCUUUUGUUUAGCUUUAAUUGAUUUUGUAACAAGGGGGUAUUCUGUAAUUCCUUUAAAAAAACCCAAAACAUUUCUACUAUGUUAUGAUCAAAAACAUGCCUGAAGAGGUUUUAGAUUUCGUCCAUGCAUGUUUGAAUAUUUUAGUGAUCUCUCCCGGGCCCUUUUUGAACCCUCCUUACAACUAACCCUCCUUAGUUGUAAGAUUCUGUGCAAGGUUCAGCCCAUGAGCCUAUGUCAUCCAUGCGCCCUUACAACAAUUUUCCAUAAAUAUACAAGAACAUGAUACAAAACUGUACACUACAGCUCGACAAACCUGAUGUGAUGUGCAGUAGUUUCAUUUGCAGAAUGCACGCUGAUUAUAUUGUGAUGGCACUCUGAAGGGGGAGUGACUUAGCACGAAGAGCAAAGGAAGGGGAGACUCAGAGCAUCAAAACAAAAGUGAGACUUAUAAGCUUAUAGGCAAAUAUUUUCAAAAUAAUAAAAGGUAAUAUGGUCAUCUAAAUAUGUUAUGUGUUAACAGUUAAUACCACAUCAAAGUAAAAUACCCCCUUUUAAAGUCAAAACAUCACUUUUUUAUUUUCUUCAAACUAAUCAUGCAAAGUUCAAACUUCAUAUUUCUCCAACUUAAAAAAUAUGACUGCACGUAUCUGACAAAAACUUUGCGUGCAUUUAAAAUGAGUGAAUUUUAUUAUGUUAUUAUUGUACAUAGAUGAUUUUAUGUAUUUGACGCUUUUGCACCUUAAAAACCGCACUGCUGUUUAAAAGGAAACUGAAUGAUUGUGUGAAAAGAAAAGAUGGAUUUGUGCCUUGGAAACAGAGAGGCUGGAGGUAGUUUUAUAUAGUCAGUUGCUGAACACCAAAAAGUACACAAGGACUAAAAACAAGGACUGUCUAAACUAGUAAUAAAGAAGGAUUUGCCCUGGACUGAACUAGAACUAAUCUGGGACUAAACCAAGACUAAACAAGGACUAAGCCAGGACUAAAGAAGGACUUAACCAGAAUUAAACAAGGACUAAGCUGAGACUAAACAAGGACAAAACUCAACCAGGACUCAACCAGGACUUAACCAGCACUCCAACAGGACUCAAACAGGACUCAGCAAGCAGACGACUACAACACAACCUCUACAUCCAGCCCCUCUCUGCUCUUUGCUUGACUUGUCUCUAAACUGAAAAUCCCUUAACGAAACUCCUUUAACUUAAUAGAUUUAACAUUGGAAUUAAAGUGUGGGCCAUAUGAAGAAAAGUAUAAUGAAUUUUUAAUAACCGUAAUACAUAUGCAGCGUGUGAUGAUGUCUUACUCCCAUUUGGGGGAUAAGAGACAGUUGUUUUUUUUCCUCCUAUUGAUUGAUUGUGAUGAUGUCUGAAACCCUGGUUGAAGUAAUUGCAUCCAUGUACUUCUUUUGAGGGUUCACACUACAUUCUGAUUGGUCACAUCCACCUGUCACUCACUUGGAGCUUUAGAAGCUGAUCAAUAAGGAGGAGAGGGUGGGGAAAGUGUCUGUGUUAAAGCAUAGAGCUGUAACAGCACUAAAUCACCAUGGAAACCAUCUUUUGAUUGAUUUGAAUGUCACAAAAUCUGAUCAUUGUUCAAUUUUAUAUCAUCAUAUCGCCCACCCUUCUGGAAAUCUAUAAGCAGAACUAUGUAACGUUCUUGUUUUUUAUGUCUUAUGCUUUAUUUGCCUUUGUACAGCGCCCCCUAUGUUUGUAAGUAAAUAACUGUUGUAAAUAUUUGCAAUAUUUAAUGUGCAAAUUAAUUACUCCCUACCCUAUAUUUGACCUUUUUUUUAGGUGAAAACGUCAGAGUUCUGCUUUUUAAAUGGGAGUUUAGGGAUUUUUAAAGGUGUACCAAGUAACUUCCGAUGGAGCGUUGGCCACCUGCUUGUGUCUAUGGAGGUGUUAUUGCUUUGCCUCAAAUGUUCCACAUGUGAAACUUGGUAACCGUAUAAAUCCAAGAUAUACAUCGUUUUUACUGUUCAAAAAUACUAUAAAUACACAUGUUACUGUGAGUGGAAUCACCUCUCUCUUUAUGUUUUUUUAUAAUAGGAUUCUGUUCACAUUUUAAAAGUGUCCAGAAGAAUUGACAAAAGACAAAAAUAUGAACUGAUUCCAGGCAAAGCAAUAAGAUCACUGUUGUGACAAGCAAGUGGCAAAUCCUUCACCAGAAAAGUUCCACAGUGCAGCUUUAUCUUUCAAAAGAGAUGUGAGUUGUUUUACCAAAUACAAUGAUCUUUGUGCCUUUGAAACUUUGUUGUGAACAUUUGUGACUGUCAGUGCACUAGCCCUCCCUGGGUUACCGUGGGCACUCUGCUCUUCCUCCCACCAAUCAAAAUGUAUGUAGCCAGCCGUCUAACUGAUCUAAAUAACCACUAUUGAAAGAAUGAAUGCUCAUAUGAAUGGCACAAUUUUAUUU